CGGAAUUGUCAUUUACGUUUAGCAUUAGCUGCCUGUAGUAAAGCCUGUGGGGAGAACCGAGACCAAACCUCUUUUUUGGAAAAUGACGUCUCCGUGUGGCAAGUGCAACAACUGUCCCUGCGGCACCAGUGGCGGAGCCCCACCCCCUCAGCAGCCGCCCCACCGCCCGCCUCCCUCGUACGCCCACCAACAGCAGCAGCAGAUGCCGGACAGCUGUCCGUAUCCGGGGCCCCAGGGUCAGAACCAGAAUCAGGGGGCCAGGGGCAGUGGUUGCCAGGCUCAGGGUCAAGGUCAAGGGGCAGGAGCAGCGGCAGGUGGUUGCCAGGUGAACUCUUACCAGCCGCCGGGUGACCCCGCACCAUGCAGUGUCUACCAGAACCGGGGGCAACCGACGGUAGAGUGCACCUGCACCCAGAACCGUAACCGAGCCGCACCACCCACCGUCCAGGCUGACCACAUCACCUGCAGCCGCGGACCGCGGGAGCAGCCCCCCGUCAUGGAGACCCGCUGCACCUGCAACGAGAAGCCUGCCAAAAUGGAGUGCUACUGCGCCCCUCCCGUGGCUCCGCCGCCCAGCCAACAGCAGCAGGCGAUGGCCCAGCCCACCCACGCCAACGUGACCUGCGGCCAGAGCCUUCCCAGGGGUCCGCAGCCCUAUCGCCACCACCACCAGAACGGCAACGGCAACUCCUGCGGGCACUGCCGGUCGCAGAAGAAGCAGAAGAAGUGCCUCAUCCAGUGAGAGGAGAACGGAAAUGGAUCCCAGCAGGCGCUACCGAGCAGGC